AUGUUUUGCGGUAUAAGUGGAAAACCGACAAAGAAUCCUGUUUUAUCCCCUGUCUCCAAAUGUAUUUUCGAAAAAGAACUGAUAGAGCAAUACGUACAAACAGAAGGAAAAGAUCCGAUUACAAAUAGUCCAUUGGGACUCGAUCAACUGAUAGAGUUAUCGCACACACCUCAGCAAGCCUCGCUUGUUAAUACUUUAAACUCUUCUACCUUGAAUAGCAAUUACAGCAUUCCCAACCUUUUAUCUUCGUUGCAAAAUGAGUGGGAUGCCCUCAUGCUAGAGAAUUUUCGUUUAAGAAAGCAGCUGGAUACGUAUUCAAAACAAUUGUCAACUGCGUUUUAUGAGCGUGAUGCUGCAAAGAUAGUGGCUGCCAAAGCAAUGAAAGAAAGAGAGCAAGUCGUGUCGGAGAUGAAUAAAUUAACCAUACAGCUAGGCGCGGAACUUGAAAGUGACAAUGAGAAAAAUGAUUCAGUUGAAAUGCUACCAAAUGCUAUUCAGGAAGAGCUACUCGAUGAAUCCAGGAAAUAUGUAGACCAAACUAGAAAAGUGCCUGACAAGUUCACUAUAUUGAAUGAUACAAAGUUCGAGUUAAAGAAAACAUGGGAUGUGCCGGCCAACGCAGUCAUAAAUCGUACGUCGAAGCUUCUGGCAAACCCUCAGAGAAAAAGCGCAUUUCAGCUUCUAGAGGCUGGAGCUGUUGUCAUCGUUGAGGAUUUCAUCACAAGGCAAAUUCAGACAAAUUUUACAGACGACUUGGAAUAUUUCUCCCUGGGACCAGCCUCAGAUGUCCUACUUUGUUCCUUUGGGAAACAAUCAGUUGGAAUAUAUAAUAUUGAGAGUGGUUCCUUAGCCAAACUGGAUAUGCCACACAACAAAAUAAUUCUCAUGGCCCAACACGAAUAUAUUUUGAAUAAAUAUUUUUUGGUUGUUGAAGAAAAUGGCAGAGUUCUUUACUGUUUACUUGACUGUUCAAAAGCAUAUGAAGUUUUACAGGGUCAUUCGGAAAAAAAAUACAAUUCGGCUAGCUUACACAAAGAUGGGCUGCUCAUUGCUCUAGUGCAAGCAGACUCGAUAGAGCUUUUCAAUUUGGGUCAACCAAACAGUAAACCCACUGUUUUUAAGGUGGGGAAACAGAUCAUUGGCAGUGGAAUAAUCGAGAAUGUGGAAUUUAGCAGUAAUGGUUACUGGAUGAUAGUUUCCUGUGGUGGCUCUAUCAUGUCGUUUGACUUGAGAAAGGAACCAGGGACUCUAGCCGUAAAUUCUUUAAGUAUUGCAACAUCAAAAGGUGCUUCAAGAGCCUGGGAUAUGGAUAUGUCCGCUAAGGACCUUUUAGUGGUAGAGAAUGAAAGCGUUGAAGAACUUGAACUUAAUUUGAAAGUUUACAAAUAUAAAAAGGCAAAAAAGAUUUGGGAGUCUGUUCCAGAUCGUUCGGGAAAUCUAGUAAUUAGUGGCUUAAAGAAUAAAGAAUCGCUCCAGCAGAUACAACUUAUUUAUGAUGACUCAUCCAUAUCCAUCCUGCUGCGUACAGAGGGUCAAAUAUCAUUAUAUUCCACUGCAAAAUAG